UUGCGCUGAAGCUGGUGCCGCCAUCUUGGAGUUGGGAGACGCCGCGUCCCGCUCCUGUCCCUCUCGGAGGGUCACGGGCGGGGGCGGGGGACGGAAGGGGGAGUAUGGGUGCCCGGCGGUGAUUUAACGGCGCCCGCGAGCUCGUCUCCCUGCCGGUGGGCCGCGGCGGGCGCGGAAGGAUGGUGCAGUCCUGUUCCGCCUACCGCUGCCGGAACCGAUACGACAAAGAGAAGCCCAUCUCCUUCCACAAGUUUCCUCUUACGCGACCUGAUCUUUGCAAGAAAUGGGAAGCCGCUGUUAAAAGGAAAAACUUCAAGCCAACCAAGUAUAGUAGCAUUUGUUCAGAACACUUUACUCCUGAUUGCUUUAAAAGGGAAUGCAACAACAAGCUUCUGAAAGAAAAUGCUGUGCCCACAAUAUUUUGUUACACUGAACCCAGUGAAAAGCCUGAAGAAUUUGCAGAACAGCCAGAAGAUCCACUACCACCUCCUCCACCACCUCCACCGCCGCCGCCGCCACCACCACCACCAGCAGCUCCAGUACUACCGCCAUCUCCAUCAACUCCUUUUCAUUUGUCUCAAAUAGAUGCUAGAUUUGUAGAUCCAAGUAUUGGAUUAUUGAUGCCUCCUCUCCAGACCCCUAGCAAUCUUGCUGUUUUUUGUGAUCACAACUAUACCGUAGAGGAUACAGUUCAUCAGCGAAAAAGAAUUCAGCAGCUGGAGGAACAAGUUGAAAAACUGCGGAAGAAGCUCAAGACGGCACAACAGCGAUGCCGGCGUCAGGAGAGACAAAUUGAAAAACUGAGAGAGAUUGUUCAGUUUCAGAAAGAAAAAGACAUAUUGGCAGGAAAAGGCUAUGUAAUUCUGCCCAAUGACUAUAUUGAAGUUGUAGAAGUACCUGCCUAGAAGUCGUGAACAUCAGUUUUCACUUUGCUAGGCCAAGAAAUUUAGUUUAAAAACUAAAUGCUCUCUAAUUCUGUGUAUAAGACUCUCCAGAGUUCUAAAACAGUAAAAAAGCAGUCAUGCAAAUCAGAUCACAUUUUUUCUUCAUUGUCAUUUCAGUUUGAUACACUUUUAAUAUAUUGAAAAUGCAAGCAUCUCAGAAUUAGAAUAUGCAUUUAGUUUACAAAAUCUGAAUUGCUUUACAGAAGAAAAGGAUGCAAGGUUGAAUACAUUUAAAAUCUGGUGGGGUUUUUUUGUUUGUUUUGUUUUUUGGGGAUUUUUUUGGUUGUUGUUUUUGUGUUUUUUUUUUUUUUUUUUUUUUUUAUCAGUUUGCUAUGCUUUCAAAGCACUGCAAAAAGUCUAAUUCCUGGAGCCCUUUGGUGAGGUGUGUAAACGAACCUCUUCUUUUGGAGUAGCCUUUCACUAUGUGUGUGUUGUGAGGGAGAUAAACAGAAUUCAUUAGCAUGGCUGACGAGAGCUAUAAAAGAGACUUUUGUUUUGAGGGCAUUUAGAAAUACUCCUGAAGUGCAGUGCUGCACUGAGCAUACAUGUUAUUGGUUGGUUGGCAGGAUCAAGAGGGCAGUGCACUGUUUAGGGUGACUGCUUUUCAGAGGUACCCUGAUAAUCUACAGUCCGCAGUAUGUUGGAGUGCGGCAUUCCCAUAAACACUGUAACUGGUAGAAUGUUGCCCACGUCUAUGAAAUUGGUGGUCUUAACUGACAUCUUAACUGUGUGUAGCUUCAGGAAGUUUGUGUGGUUUUUUUUUUUUUUUUUUUUUUUUUUAACAUAUCCAGGGUGUCAGGCAUUACUGACUUCCAUUGCAGUAUACUGUGAUUUUUUUUUUUUUUAUUACUGCUUCCCAAAAGGCGCCCACCAAAGGGCAGUUAUGGAAUUGCUUUGGGAGUUGCUUGGUGCUAGACUGGUUUUUAAUAUUUCAAAUGCUGCUGCAUCUCUUUCAGCCUUAUUAAGACUCUUUCUAAAAAUGAAUUUAGCAUGACAAACUAGUGCAGCAGUUUGCACUUACUGUCUAAUAAUUUGCUUAGUCAAUGAACUCAUUCAAAAUCGGAGAAAAUUGCAUCAUACUAACUAACCCUAUUAUAGCCUUCACAGAUUAAAUUCCUGGAUGUAUGAGACAUGGGGAAAAUUACAUUUCUCGAUCCACAUCAAACUUGUGUGUAGUGUGAAUUCUAGCUCUUGAUACUAAUCAAGCCCUGUACACCAUGGUUUUAAAAGCUACCUUUAAUAUCCUGUUAGCAUGACAUUUUGAAAUGUUUCAAACCAGUCUUGAUACUUCUGACCUAACUGAUGCCAUGUAUCUGCUUUCCCUACCAUUUCAUACACUUAAUGAACAAAAAUGCUGAUGCAUCCUCUUGUGUACAUUUAUUAUGCCUGAUUAAAAAUGAAAAGCAAA